GCCGAGAGCAGCGCCGUUGGAAAGGCACGCCGAGGAGCGACACCAUGCUCGGGCUCGGGAGGGCUUCCGCGGGGCUCCUCGCCCUCUUCGGGGCAGGUGUUUGCCUCAGCCUGGUGGCCGUGGCCGCCUCGGAGCAGCAGAUUCCCUUGGCUGUUGUGAAACUCUGGGCCUCUGCAUUUGGUGGGGAGAUCAGAUCCAUCGCAGCGAAAUACUCAGGUUCCCAACUUCUGCAGAAGAAAUAUAAAGAAUAUGAGAAGGAUGUUACUGUAGAAGAAAUUGAUGGUCUUCAGCUUGUGAAGAAGCUGGCAAAAAAUAUGGAGGAGAUGUUUCACAAAAAGUCUGAAGCUGUACGGCGUCUUGUUGAAGCUGCAGAAGAUGCUCAUUUGAAACAUGAAUUUGAUGCUGAUUUACAGUAUGAAUAUUUCAAUGCUGUCCUCAUUAAUGAGCGGGAUGAAGAUGGGAACUUCUUAGAACUGGGGAAGGAAUUCAUCCUAGAACCGAAUGACCAUUUUAAUAACUUGCCUGUGAAUGUUACCCUGAGUGAUGUCCAAGUGCCAACCAACAUGUACAACAAAGAUCCUGCUAUUGUGAAUGGAGUCUUUUGGUCUGAAUCAUUAAACAAAGUGUUUGUUGACAACUUUGACCGUGACCCUUCCCUUAUAUGGCAAUAUUUUGGAAGUGCAAAGGGCUUUUUUAGGCAAUACCCAGGAAUUAAAUGGGAGCCAGACGAAAAUGGAGUCAUUGCAUUUGAUUGCAGAAAUCGAAAAUGGUAUAUCCAGGCAGCCACUUCUCCUAAAGAUGUAGUCAUUUUAGUGGAUGUCAGUGGCAGCAUGAAAGGACUCCGCCUGACAAUUGCAAAGCAGACUGUGUCGUCCAUUUUGGAUACUCUGGGAGAUGAUGAUUUUUUUAACAUAAUUGCUUACAAUGAAGAACUGCACUACGUAGAACCUUGCUUGAAUGGAACAUUAGUUCAAGCGGACAGAGCCAACAAAGAGCACUUCAGGGAGCACCUUGACAAACUUUUUGCAAAAGGAAUUGGAAUGUUGGAUAUAGCUUUAAUUGAAGCUUUCAACAUGCUCAGUGAUUUCAAUCAUACAGGACAAGGGAGUAUUUGCAGUCAAGCCAUAAUGCUGAUUACGGAUGGUGCUGUGGACACUUACGAUGCCAUUUUUGAAAAGUAUAAUUGGCCAGAUAGGAAGGUUCGCAUAUUCACCUACUUGAUAGGAAGAGAAGCUGCCUUUGCUGAUAACCUCAAGUGGAUGGCUUGUGCCAACAAAGGGUUUUUCACUCAGAUAUCUACUCUAGCCGAUGUUCAGGAAAACGUUAUGGAAUAUCUCCAUGUGCUUAGUCGACCCAAAGUGAUCGAUCAAGAGCACGACGUGGUAUGGACUGAAGCCUAUGUUGACAGCACUCUUCCUCAGGCUCAAAAGCUUGCAGACGAUCAGGGAUUGGUUUUGAUGACCACUGUUGCCAUGCCAGUAUUUAGUAAGCAAAAUGAGACUAGAUCGAAAGGCAUUCUUUUGGGAGUGGUGGGCACAGAUGUUCCAGUGAAAGAACUUCUAAAGACUAUUCCAAAAUACAAGUUAGGUAUUCAUGGAUAUGCAUUCGCAAUCACGAACAAUGGAUACAUUCUGACUCAUCCAGAACUCAGGCCUCUGUAUGAAGAAGUAAAAAAGCGAAGGAAGCCUAACUAUAGCAGCGUCGACCUUUCCGAGGUGGAGUGGGAAGACAGGGAUGAUGUGCUUCGAAAUGCAAUGGUGAAUCAGAAAACAGGAAAAUUCUCUAUGGAAGUGAAGAAAACAGUGGACAAAGGGAAGCGGGUGUUGGUGAUGACAAAUGACUACUAUUAUACAGACAUCAAGGGGACUCCUUUCAGUUUAGGUGUGGCUCUCUCUAGAGGACACGGCAAAUAUUUCUUCAGAGGAAACGUGACUAUAGAAGAAGGAUUGAAUGAUUUAGAACAGCCUGAUGUAUCUUUGGCAGAUGAAUGGUCAUAUUGCAACACAGACUUGCAUCCUGAGCACCGCCAAAUGACUCAGCUGAAGGCUAUUCAAAACUACCUCAUGGGGAAAGAGCCAUUGCUUCCUUGUGAUAAAGAAUUAAUACAGGAAGUACUGUUUGAUGCAGUGGUCAGCGCACCAAUAGAAGCUUAUUGGACCAGCCUUGCACUGAACAAAUCAGAAAAUUCAGACAAGGGAGUGGAAGUCGCCUUCCUUGGAACUCGGACGGGUCUUUCUCGUGUCAAUUUGUUUGUGGGACCGGAACAGCUAACUAAUCAAGACUUCUUGACAGCUGGAGACAAGGAGAAUAUUUUCAACGCUGAUCAUUUCCCGCUUUGGUACAGAAGAGCUGCAGAACAGAUACCAGGAAGCUUUGUCUACUCAAUCCCGUUCAGCACAGAAACAGCAAACAAAAGCAAUGUGGUAACAGCAAGUACUGCCAUUCAGCUUCUAGAUGACAGAAAAUCUCCAGUGGUAGCAGCUGUUGGUAUCCAGAUGAAACUUGAGUUUUUCCAGAGGAAAUUUUGGACUGCUAGUAGACAGUGUACAUCUCUGGAUGGGAGAUGCUCUAUCAGCUGUGAUGAUGAGAAUAUUAACUGUUACCUCAUUGAUAAUAAUGGAUUUAUACUAGUUUCAGAAGAUUACACACAGACUGGAAACUUCUUUGGUGAGGUUGAGGGUGCAGUGAUGAACAAAUUGCUCAUAAUGGGUUCUUUUAAAAGAAUUACUCUUUAUGACUACCAAGCCAUGUGCAAAACAACCAAAGAAAGUAGCGACAGCGCCCAUAGCUUACUGGAUCCUUAUAAAGCUUUCUUUGCUGCAAUAAAAUGGAUUGUGACUGAACUUGUCUUGUUUCUGGUGGAAUUUAAUCUAUGCAAUUGGUGGCAUUCAGAUCUAACAACAAAGGCUCAGAGAUUGAAACAAACCCUAGAGCCUUGUGACACCGAAUACCCAGCCUUUGUUUCUGAACGCACAAUCAAGGAGACCACAGGCAAUAUUGAUUGCGAGGAUUGUUUCAAGUCCUUCGUUAUCCAGCAAAUUCAAAACAGCAAUCUCUUCAUGGUGGUAGUAAGUAAUGAAUGUGACUGCGAGUCUGUUUUGCCAAUUACCAUGGAACCAAUAGAAAUAAGGUAUAAUGAAUCCCUAAAAUGUGAACGCUUAAAAUCCCACAAGAUUAGAAGACGUCCAGAGUCUUGCCAUGGAUUUCAUCCUGAGGAGAAUGCCAGAGAAUGUGGUGGCGUUUUAGGCCUGAGUGCUAAACCUACUCUUCUUGUGCUUCCUCUGCUUCUGGCCAUUUUCUCAAGGUGACACUGACUGAGAAGCAAUCACUUGGCAUGCUAAAACAAUACAUGGAUAAACUGUGAACUGAGAAAAGGUGCAACUUAGAAGACAUGAAACUAUAGUCAAAACAUCAGCAUUUCAUGAUUUUAAAUGGUGGGAUGAUAUAAACUCUCCAAAUUAUGUAAAAAAAAAGAGAGAGAGAAAGAGAGAGAGAUUUAUCUUUUUUUGGUGCAUCAUGCAAAGAUGGAUUUGCCAUACAAUAGUCACAAUUCAUCAAGAACAGGACUUCAGUAGAUAGAAACAGAUGGUCAUUAUUUUCUGCUUUGUUCCAUGGAAAACGGUUUAAAACUGUGUACUUUUUAAAUAAAGUAUAUUAAAAUCACAA